AUGUAUCAAGGAAGCUUAUUUGGGCUAGCUGGUAUAUUUCCAAAAGAAUAUACACUAGCAUUGAUUACUGGCCAGGCUCUUGCUGGUGUUUUUACAGCAGUAGUCAAUAUCAUAUCAUUAGUCGAUGCCAGUCGAGAGAAAACACUUUUAGAUCACGAAGAUGAUAACAGUGGAACUGAGGAAGAAUAUGAACCUAUUCCGAAUGAAGAUAGUCGAUUUUAUCGUAUUAUGCACAUUCUGAAAAAGACAUGGCCAGUUUUCACGGCACAUUUCCUAUGUUUUACAAUCACCUAUGGUAUUUUCCCAUCUCUUCCAUCGCGUGUUAUUUCCGUCAAUUACCAAAGUCAUAGCCCAUUAACAGGUCCCUUAUUUAUACCAGUAGCGUGUUUCUUAAUAUAUGCCGUCGCUGAAGUUGUUAGCGGAGUUGUUUCUAGAUGGAUAUUAUUGCCUAGGCAAAAUCAAGGGCUGUCCUUAUUGUUCUUAUCCAUAAGCAGAAUUGCUUUUAUUCCACUUUUUCUGUAUUGUAAUGUUCAACCACGAAAGCAUUUACCAGUGAAAAUCUAUAAUGAUGUGGCUUACAUAAUGCUAGUUCUGCUGUUUGCUUUUUCUCAUGGAUAUAUCAAUACACUCUGUUCAAUGUAUACGCCAAAGCGUGUUCGAGCUCGAUUUAGUGAAUCUGCAGGAGUAUUGGCUUACUUUGCUCUCAUGGCUGGAGUUACUGCUGGCACUGUGCUGUCAUUUGGAUUGAUUGCGAUCGUUUAG